GAACCAAAACGACAUCUUUCAGGCGCAAAAGUUCAUCAUGCUUGGUCAACAAGAGCUCCAGUUUUUCUUCCGGAAUUUAACAAAGUCCCUGCUGCCUUUCUUGCCGCUAUGGAGAAGCAUGCCGGUGGUGUGACAGCUGAACAAAAGAAGGAAUGGGAGGCACUUUUCGACAAAGCAUACAGCGACAUGAAGUCAUGGGGAUGGUUUUGA